UCUUGGCUUCAAAACAAACACAGAAUUUAUGUUUUUUAUUGGUUUCGCAAAAGUUUUCGCUUAAAGACUGCAAUCAUUUGGCGAUCUCUUUAACAACACUUUUGAUGUCAAUUACAGUCAUCGAUAAACUGAAGACAUGCUUGAAAUAGAUGGAAGUCUUCUGGAGGGCGGCGGACAAGUGGUACGGAUGGCAAUGAGUUUGAGUUCAUUAAUGUCAAAAGCCGUCCACAUUUGUAACGUCCGCUCCGGACGAACGAAACCCGGUCUCAAAGCUCAACAUCUGAUUGGUUUACAACUGAUUCGGGAUAUUACUUGCGGACAGUUAAAGGGCGAUCAAAUGGCCUCAACUGAAGUAACGUUUCAACCAAAUACUCUAACUUCGGGCACAUAUUUUGGCGAUACGAAGACAGCCGGAAGUGUCACUCUUUUGUUUCAGAUAUCAUUUCCUUGCCUUUUAUACUGUAGUGAUAAGUCAUAUCUUCGACUUAAAGGCGGAACAAAUGCCGAAAUGGCGCCACAAAUUGACUACACUUUAAAUGUUUUACGACCCGUUUUGUCCAAAUUUGGUCUUUCAUUUGAUUGCGAUCUUAUUCGACGGGGAUUUUUUCCGAAAGGCGGCGGAGAAGUUGUCUUUGGUGUCGAUUCUAUUCAUCAGAUCCUAAGCGCACAACUGACCGAAUUCGGACAAUUGACGCGAAUUAGUGGACACUCUUUUGUGUCCGGAGUUCUGCCCAUUAAUAUGGCUCACUCUAUGGCAAAAUCGGCUUCAAAUCUACUGAGAGAAGCAUUUCCCGGCGUUUCCAUUGAUAUCAGGAGUGUUCACCACAACCGCGACGAGGCUUUUGGCAACGGAUCAGGAAUUGUUUUAGUGGCCGAGUCGUCAACUGGCCUACGAAUGGGAGGAUCAGCAUUGGGUCGACAAUCAGUGUCGGCAGAGGCUGUCGGCCAAAGCGCUGCUAAAGAACUUAUUGAAGAUAUGAAUUACGGCGCAACUGUAGACCGUUAUCUUCAGGAUCAGUUGAUUAUAUUCAUGGCUCUCGCGAACGGCAAGUCAUCGAUAAUUUGUGGUCCGUUAACAACACACACACAAACAGCCAUACAUUUUGCUCAACAAAUUACUGGAGCCAAAUUUGAAGUCAAAUCAGUCGUUGAAAAUAUUAGAUAUUUGAUUGAAUGCAAUGGCAUUGGUUUUGUCAACAAAUUUAUUGGACAAUAAUAUAAUGAGUUCUCAUUUUAUGUUUAAUAAUAAAAUAAUUAUUUAUAUAAAC